UGCUUUCCGAUCGGGCUGUCAAUGGACUUGCCGUCUUGGCACGUGCGAUGAGGCUUUUGGCAGUAUUAUAGGAAAUCGCUUAGCAGUGUGUAGUAUCUUCCGCGGAAAGUAGUGAAAAAUGAGUGAGAACGAUGCCGUCAAUGGCCUGGAAGGCUUGUCGCUGCAGGAGGCGCAAGGAGGCUGUGCAGCUGGCGAGGAGGACGACUAUGUUGAUCCGUGGACAGUGACCAGCAAGUCCGAUGCGGGCAUCGAUUAUGACAAGUUAAUAAAGCGCUUCGGUUCGUCCAAAUUGGAUGACGAAAUACUGCAGAGAUUUGAGAAAAUCACCGGAAAGCCUUGCCAUCAUCUACUGAGGCGCGGCAUCUUCUUCUCUCACCGUGAUCUCCACCUGAUCCUGUCGCUGAAGGAGCAGGGAAAGCCGUUCUACCUGUACACGGGCCGCGGACCCUCGUCGGAGUCCAUGCAUCUGGGCCACUUGGUGCCCUUCAUCAUCACCAAGUGGUUCCAGGAGCUCUUCGAUGUGCCGCUGGUGAUCCAGCUCACGGACGACGAGAAGGCGCUGUGGAAGGACAUCAAAGUGGAGGAGACAAUGCGAUUGGCGAGAGAGAACGCCAAGGACAUCAUUGCGCUUGGCUUUGACGUCCGGAAGACAUUCAUAUUUUCCAAUUUGGACUUUAUGGGGAAGUGCUCGGAAAUGUAUCAGAACAUCAUCAGAAUCCAGAGAUGUGUCACUUUCAACCAGGUGAAGGGAAUCUUUGGCUUCGGUGACUCGGAUGUGAUUGGGAAGAUUGGCUUUCCUGCCGCCCAGGCGGUGCCGUGCUUGUCCACAACCUUUCCCUUCAUCUUCGGCAACCGGAAAGUGCAGUGCCUGGUGCCAUGCGCCAUCGAUCAGGAUCCGUACUUCAGAAUGACACGCGACGUGGCGCCACGGCUGGGCUUCCCGAAGCCCGCUCUUCUCCACUCGACAUUCUUCCCGGCUCUGCAGGGCGCGAAGUCGAAGAUGUCCGCGAGUGACCAGAACUCGGCAAUCUUUCUCACGGAUACGCCCAAACAGAUCAAAACAAAGAUCAACAAGCACGCGUUCUCCGGCGGGCGGGAUACUGUGGAGGAACAUCGCAGUUUAGGCGGCAAUACGGACAUCGAUGUUCCUUAUCAGCUACUUAAGUUCUUCCUGGAAGACGAUGAGGAGCUCGAGCGCGUCCGCGUGGCUUACUCCACCGGACAGAUGCUGAGCGGGGAGAUUAAGAAGAAGGCGGUAGAGACGCUGCAGCCGAUUGUGGAGGAACACCAGAAGCGCAGGAAACUGGUGACGGAUGACGUUCUCAAUGAGUUUAUGACCCCGAGGAAGCUGGAAUUCUCCUAGGCCCUCCAUGGUCAGCUUAUUUUUCAACACCUCACAUCAUUUAUUUAUUUGUCACGCGCAAUAAAUGUUGCUAAAGAUUUCCUGUGCAAA